AUGUCAGAAUAUUUUAGAAAAUAUAUAAAGAAAGAACAUUAUCCAGUCCAUCCUUCAUAAAUAAAAUAUAAAACCACAUUCAAGAAUUGCAUUCUUGAAGCCAUGAAAAGAAGAUAAUGGCGCGAAUCUGAUGGAGAUGAUUGGGAUAUUAAUUGGACCGAAAAAGAAUGGGUAGUUGAUAUAAUGGACUAGUAGCAUAUUUCAAUAUCUCAAAGAGUUAAUCAUUAUAGAAAUCAUUAUGAACUUACAAGAAAAGAUUUAAUGAUAAAAAAUAUUAAAAAACAUAAAAAAUCUUUAGAAAAAGAAGCGAAAAAUGAAGAUGCCUUAUCUUAUAAUUUUACGCCUUUAACUUAUUAAUUACCAAGCGAAUAUACUAUUUUUUGUGAAGAAUUUAAAAAAGUUAAUUAAAUAAGUGAAUAAAAAUAAUUAUGGAUAAUGAAGCCAGUUGGUAAAUCAUAAGGAAAAGGAAUUUUUAUUUUUCGAAAUAUAAAAGAUAUUGCUUCUUGGAAAAAUUAAUAUAGAUAUAAUCCUGAAAAUCCUUCACCUUUAACUGUAUACUUAUAUAGAACUGGUUUCGCAAGGUUCACUCAUCAUAGAUAUGAUUUGGAAGAUAUUAAUAAUGUUUAUGUUCAUUUAACUAAUGUCGCUAUAUAAAAAAAUUCUGAAAAUUAUGAUGAAAAAUUAGGAGGAAAAUGGCUUUUACAAACACUUAAAUUAUUUAUGAUAUAAAAAUUUGGUCAAGAAAAAGUUAGUGAAGCAUUUUUUUAAGUUUAAAAUAUUAUUAUAAAAGCACUACUAGCAGUACAAAAAGUAAUUAUAAAUGAUAAAAGAUGCUUUGAAUUGUAUGGAUUUGAUGUUCUUUUUGAUGCAAAUUUAAAACCAUGGCUAUUAGAAAUAAAUUCAAGUCCUUCAAUGACUGCUAAUACAUAAAUAGAUAGUGAAUUGAAAUUAAGUAUUUUAGAUGAUACAUUUACAAUAAUAGAUAUGGAAAAAGUACUUAAUGGUUAGGAAGAAUAAAUAGGAGGAUUUGAUUUAAUAUAUAAAGGAAUUCCAAUAAAAUUGCCUUCAAAUAGUACAUAUAGCAGUUUAUUAGGCUGUUCUAAUAAUAGAAAUUAACAACUAAAAAAAUUAGCAAAAACAACAGCUAUAAGACUUGGCUAAUAAUUUAUUGAAAGUUAAUAAUAAUAAUAGUAGUAUUAAUAAAAAUUAUAAGAAGUAAAUAAUAAAUAGAAAAUGUUGAAUUAAAAAGGCAUUUAAUAUUAAAACAAUAAUCAAAAUUAAGGAAAUAAAUUUAUGUCGAAAUAAGGGUAUUAGAGAUAAAACACCAUAAAAUAAUAAUAAACAAAAAUUAUAAAAAAAAAAAAAACAAAUAAUUAACCUUAAAGCAAUAAUUCUAUCCAAUCUAAAAAUAAUUAAAACUCUUAGAAUUUAAAUAAUUAAUAAAAUAGUAAUGUGUAGAAAAGGUUGCCUUAAAGUUAAUAAUAAAUUAAUAUUUAAAAUAGCAAUACAUAAAAAUAAAUAAAUAUUUAGUAACAAAUUAAUAAUAAUAAUUAAAAUAUGUUAAAACCGCUUAAUGAACAAAAUAAAUUUUAAAGGUAUUUCAGAGAAGAGGAAAAAUAUUCUUAAUAAAUUAAAUUAUAAAAAUAAUUUAAAUUACAUGCAGAGGAAUGA